AUGCCCGCUUCAUGGCGCCGAGAGGUUUACGACGAGGUCGAGAAUGUGGUUUUGGGAAGAGAUGGCGAGCAUGUGGAAUCGGAAGAGCCUAUGGCCACAAUAAACCGGAUUCUUCGAAGAUCACCAUUGAACGAGCCGGGUUCCACGGACAUGGCCUAUGAUAGUGACAGUGACGACGAAAGCGACCACGACCAUGCCUUUGUUACAACGACCAUGCUUGCGCCCGCUACCACACCAACGCCGUCUCUUGCCUUGCCAUUACCUUUCCUUGUCACCAUGACGGUCACGGGAAUACGCCCUGUCCAAACUGCCUUGGCCGACUCAGACCCCACUGAAACUGUCGUUGUAACCAUGCCACCGCCUAGACAACAAUCAUCCAACGGAAUCUCGCAAACGACCGAGCACUUGCUCAUCGCUGCUGGCUCCAUCGGUGCCACCAUCAUUAUCGUCAUGCUGGUACUUGCCAUUUACACGAUGCGCAAACGCGGCCUCACUAUCAAGGACCUACUCAGCUCAGGCAGACAACAAAUGCACCGCGGCUCCCCACCAUCACAUACCUCGACCUACGGACAAGACACCAAACGGCCCUACGAUGACGAAUACACUUAUGGAAUGCGCGAUAAUGUCAAUGCUCCCCAGCCAGCAGCCAUCUCUCGCAGAUCCGGCCCAAUGUCCUCCCAGAAACCUUUGCAAGAUCUCGAACGAAGUGACAGCUUCAACCAACCACCGACUCGAGAUGGUAACCGCAGCUUCUACGAUGACACUGUCUCACGCUCCGAUGGCCAUCGCCGCAACAUUAGUGAAACUCCGUCUUCACCCGUCCUACCAAUCGAAGGGCGACGGCAGAGCGCAUCAACUCGCAACACUAGAUCUAUGGACGGUGAUGAAUCAACACUAGACUUCCCUGACCUACCCCAACGGCCACCCAGCAACCUGCCAGCUCCCCCCACAUUCCGCCAAUUCCUCUCCAACCGUCCUUCCAUCUCUCAAAGACCUGGUUUUGGAGGCGCCGCAGCAGGUGGAAUUGCGAGCAGAUUCAGUUGGACAAACUCCCAAGCCCCGCAAACCCCACAUGACCCCUCGCGCGAUACUGCCGUACAGUCAGUUGGCCGCGACAGCUAUAUGACAUCACGUUCUUCCGUCCCGCGUUUCCGCACAGUAGACUCCUGGGUAAACCAACAGUCCAACCGUGUCGAAGAACAACGCCUAAAGCAGCAAUUCCGCAUGACACAGUCCACCACAUACUCGGAAGAUGAAGUGCCGGACAUGCCAGCACUACCACCUGCUACACCCAAGAAUGCCAGUGGCAUCACCAGGACACCAAGCGGUAAGAAUGGCCUAGUUGGAAGGGACAUCAAACAUCAAAGACACGACACCCGUGACACUCAAACCACGGCCCCCGUCUUCAAGGCACACCCAGGAACUGAAGUCCGCUUCAGCACACGUAGUGCCGUACCAUCGGAGGUCUUGGAUAUGGGACGUAAGAACACAGCAUUGUGA